AAUGAGUCAAUUUUUGAUUCAUCAAACGGAUUUUUAUUCAGUUUUCAAUUUACUCACUUAGGAAGAUUUGUAUUUUUGUUUUUACUCGUUUAUUUUUUAUCAUUUAAUAAAUCCCAGAUACAAUCUUUGAUUGAAUCCUUAAAAAUUUAUACCAUAACCAGCCUCUUGUUUCUUUACAUCCAAUAUUUUCAUGUUAACUGUUUUUUACUAUCUAACCUCUAGAUCUAUCGCAUAAUUUCGUAUAAUUGUAGAAUCUUUAUAUAAGAUUACGUUUGUUUUAUUAAAUCUUUAUUUCACAUUGUUGUUCCUCCACAUUUAACCUUUUAAAUACUGAUAUACUACUUUAUUUUUUUACGAGUGUGCCUUUCCAAUGAUGACCACUGUCAUUAGAUCCAUUUGUCAUAACCUGGCGAACACAGAUAAAACCCUGAGAAAGAAGGGGUUUCGGUCCGUUCGAGAAUUGUUUAAGAAAAACCCAAACUUGGAUGACAUGUCCUUGACUAAAAUUUGCAAGGGUUUGUACUAUUGCCUAUGGAUGUCAGACGAUCCCAUACAAACACGCAUACUGUCGUUGGACAUGAUUCAACUAUACAAGAGUAUCAAGCUAAAUCCUACUCCUGUUAAUGGUCUUGACGAACCGCUUUUGUUGGACCAUAACGAAGUUGACGCCAGAUUGCGGUACUUAAAGUUUUUGAUGGAGGGUAUCAGUCGAGAGUGGCUAUUGUUGGAUAAAAACAGAGUUGACAAGGUUCUCUUAUUUACAAGAAUUUACGUGUCAGAAAUACUAUACUAUAUGCAUGAAUUAAACUGGGAUCUCCUGGUCCUGAAUAAAUUAAGUGAAAUAUUCCUCAACAAGAAUAUAUUUGGCAGGGACACAUUGGGGCUCCUGGUCCACGUUAUUCAAGUUUUCACCACCGAGUUAUUAUAUAACUAUGAACAGUUAAUGGGUUCUGGUGACUCACCUAGCGAGUCUCCUACAAACUCUAACACAGAUGAUAAGUCUUCUGAAGAUUCAAAGACUAAGCUUAACACACUACAGAUGAACCUGUGUAACAACAUAGAUAGCGUUAAACUUUUAUACGUUUUAAAACCUUUCAUUUUGAUGUUUGUAACCAGUAAGGAUGUACUCCUAGUCAAGACCUUAUAUGACUAUAUAUUUAAGGACCUCGAGAAGUUAUCGAAAAUUACAAGCAUAAACGUGAUAGUGCACCUACUAGAUGCCAUACUGAACACUUCAGGAGAAACCGGACCAGGAACGGAAAUCGACGUUGUGAAAGGAAUCAACAAGAAAUUUAUCAGAAACACACUAAAGUUAUAUAAAAGUAAUUUGAGCGAGACCCUAACUCCAGCCGAAAAUUUACAUUUAGAACAGCUUCUGUACUCGAUAUUUACAAUUGCAACCAUGGAUAGUGAAUCCAACGACUCAUUUGGCGGGUCAGACCAGGUAAACGGAAGAAUAUUUUUUAAAGAUGAUGGUAAGAAUCUUAGCAACACUAAAAGAGAAUCGCUGGGGAACGAGUACAUGUUCAGAGCUGAGCACUAUUUAACUUUAUCUAACAUUAAAACUAGACGUCUGAGUAAGUCUAGACUCAAAAACCUCCGCAUAGUCAACUCCACAAAGAACUAUCUUCUCAGGCUAAAUGAAACCGACGAGGAAAACAGAAAAUUCCUCGAGAAACUCGACCGUACUAGUGUCAAAAACCAACUCUUCUAUUACUCUCUGAUAAGGCUUAGGCGACUGAAGAUCAUACACAAGUUUAAGAAGAAUAAUCUUUACAGGAUUUACAACUUGGACAAGCUCAAACGCUCUAAAUUAAAAAUUAACUUGAAGCAGGCUUUCUAUAACAUAAAGUACGCGAAGCCCGGCAAAUCAUCGCUCAGGAAACGAACAACCAAUGAUAGAAGACUGAAAAAGAAGAAAAAGAAAGUUGUUUUCAACCUCAAGAAAAACCAAGUCACAAACAUACCCAGCCGUAAGAGAAGACAUUUUUUCACACCUCUAUCAUUAUUUAAUUUCCUUUGAUUACAUUGUUCUCUUCGUCGACAUUGUACACCGCAGUAAUCUCCUCGAGAUAGUGACACAGCAUGCCCUGGAUCAUGUGCUUCAGAGUCACGUCGCUCUGUAUGCAUCCAACACAAGCGCCGCUGAGCCUAACGUAAACAUAACCUAAAAUUAAUAUGAUUUGAUAUUUAUCAAAACUAGAACAAAUAUUACAAACCGGUUGAAGGGUCGUAAGAAACGAAAGAAACGUCCCCACCGUCCUGCUGAAUCACAGGUCGGAUCCGUUUAUCAAUGAGAAUCUUUAUGCUUUCAACGGUUUCUAUGUCCUCGUCAGAGUAUGAUUCGGGAAUAACAGCCUUAGUGACUGUUGAGAACUUGCGAUUAAUGAAGUUCAUUGGAGACCUCAUUAUGCGAUUACCAUUAAUGUUAUUAGUGUGCCUAAUGUUUAUAAAAUUUGCAGGAUUUAGGGGAAAAUUUGAAAUGUAGGUGGAAUCUGGGAAACUAAUAUUAGAAGUAUGAUAAGGAAGGAAGGAUCCAAUGUGAGCGGGCCUUCUUUUUAACAAAUCCUUUAAAAAGUAAAUUAGCAUAUCAGGAAAAGUAGGAAGAAAGGAAAUAAUCAAGAAUAGUUAAUAGAAGAAGAUAGAGAAUAACACAUAUUUUUAUAAAGCUAAAAUUGAUAUAAUAACGGAAACAAUAAUAAUAUUAAUAAAAAC